CCUCCUUUUAAACCGCAAGGUGAGGGUGUGGGAGAAAGAUUGAAUAAGGAUUUUAUCUAAAGCGCCUCGGAUCGACCUCAUUCACACUCUCGUUCAUCAAGCAGCAUCGGGACGCACAUCUGCCUCAGCGGGAUAUAUUAAAACUUUCCCAUAAGCGCUGCUGUCAGCAGUGGAUCUCAGGUGAUCAGGAAAUACCGUGUGUUCCUCCUGCCAUGGCCCGGCGUAUAUCGCCUGCUGUCGCUUUUCUCUUUUGUUUUGGAUUAUCGUAUGUGUUUGAGGCUGAAGCCAGAUUCCAACACUCUGCGGCCCUCCACAGGCAGAAGAGAGAAUGGAUCGUCCCUCCCCAAAUCCUAGAAGAGAAUGUUGAUUACACCAAGAAAGAUUUCAUUGCAAAAAUUCGCUCAGACAAGGAAGAGCCCCAAAUAAAAAAUUUGAGGUACACACUAAAGGGCGUCGGCGCAGACAAGGAUCCGUUCAAUUUAUUUGUGGUGAAUCCUGAAACAGGAUUAGUAAGAAUAACGGGAAUCCUCGACAGAGAGUCCAUUGCACAAUACAAUCUUUCAGGGGUUGCUACGUUCACAAAUGGCACAAUUGCAGAGAAUGACAUUGGGCUACGGAUAAAAGUGAAGGAUCAGAACGACAAUGCUCCUGUUUUUAGUCCGAUGACUGCAGGGGGUGUAUACGAACUCAGUGCAUUAGAUACAGCCGUGAUGAAGAUCAAUUGCUUUGAUGCUGAUGAGCCAGGAAACAUAAACUCUCAAAUCAAGUAUGAAAUUGUUGAGCAGCAACCAGAUGGGCAGAGAAUGUUCAGAGUUGACGAUGACGGGAUAAUCCGCGUUAACAAUGCUAACCUGGAUCGAGAGACUAUUGAUCAGUAUGUCCUGCUUAUCAGAGCAUCUGAUCUGAAUGGUGCCUCAGGCGGCAAUGCUGUCACAGGGACGGUCACCAUCAAGAUCAACGACGUCAAUGAUAAUGUGCCUACAUUGGAGGGCCCAUUUGAGGGAAGUAUCGAGGAAAAUACAGAGAAUGUGGAGGUGAUGAGAUUCAAAGCAAAAGACCUGGAUCUCGAGAACACAGACAACUGGACAGCCAAUUGCUUUAUUGCAUCAGGCAAUGAGGCUGGAUACUUCAGCAUUAAAAUGGACCCAAAGACCAAUGAGGCAAUCCUGAUUCUUGACAAGGCUGUUGAUUAUGAGGACGUCAAAGACCUGAACCUUGGCAUCGGUGUAGUCAACAAAGCUCCAUUCCACCCGUCUGUAGCUGGAGCACAACAAGGAAUAAAUAUCAACUUUGGGGGCAGCGGUGCAGGUGCAGGAGGAGGAGGUGGAGAAGGUGGUGGAGGAGGAGGAGGAGGUGGAGGUGGAGGUGGAGGUGGAGGUGGAGGUGGUGGCAGCUGGAGCAGUAGUGGUGGCAGCGGAGGGAGCAGUUCAUGGUCAUCCACAGGCGGUCCGCUCUACAACGUGAAGGUAAAUGUGAAAAACCAGCCGGAAGGACCCAAGUUUGUGCCCCAAACAAAAGCAGUCCCCAUAUCAGAAGGCAAGACUUUUAACAGCAAUGACAUCAUCACGAGGUACCCGGCUAUUGAUACAGACACAGGAAAGGAAGCUACCAACGUAAAGUAUAUUAAAGCAUCUGACCCAGAUAACUGGCUGAGAAUCGAUGAGACAACAGGGGCCAUUCGUCUGAACAAGGCUCCUGACCGCGAGUCCAAGUAUCUAGUUAACGGCACCUACUACGCCACCAUUUACAGCGUAACUCAAGACUUGCCUUCUAAGACGGCAACGGGCACCGUUGCCUUCCAGGUAGAGGAUUUGAAUGACCACUGCCCUACUUUGACAAGCAAAGUCAAGACACUUUGUACUGACCAGGACGCGGUCUUAGUCACUGCAGUGGAUGAGGAUGCACCACCCAAUGGAGUUCCAUUCACCUUCAAUGUUGUCCCAGAAGGAACUAAGGGGAAAUGGUCAAUCGAGCAUUUAAAUGAUACCACUGCCAUCUUCAGGAUCCAGCAAAAGCUGUGGCCGGGAGAACAUGACCUGAUGGUGGAUGUUAAGGACCAGCAGGGGUUGGGAUGUCCAGAACCUCAGAAAAUAGUGGUGGAAGUGUGUACCUGUACAACCCAGGGGGGUUGUGACCGAACUGGAAUGGGAACGGUUAAGAAGGGGUCAAAAUUUGGACCUGCUGGAAUCGGCCUGCUCUUCCUUGGACUGCUUUCAUUAUUGCUCAUCCCACUCCUGUUGCUGCUCUGUAAGUGUGGAACUCCUGGGAUGUUAGGAGAUUUUACAAACAUGCCCUAUGACACUAAAGAGCAUCUCAUCUCUUACCAUACUGAGGGCCAGGGAGAGGACAGGGAUGUUCCGUUACCGGCCCCUAACAAUUUUCGUGGUCCGAUGACAUCCAAAAAUGUGGGUGGUAUGGACUUUCAAGGUGAUCAAGCAACAACAGGAGGCUACAUGGAUUCCAAUUCCAUAGCUGGUGUUCGUGGCUACAAUGAAAUGAAUAUGGACUACGUAGACUCAAUGAGGAGAAAUGAGACCCUUAUUAGCAGUGAAAUGGCUGGAGAUUUUGACGGAAUGGCCGUGUCAGAAAUGUUCCUGGAUGAAUACUAUGGACAGAAAUGCAGAGGAUUGGAGGAUGGAUUUGCUAGGAAUGAACCCAUGGUGUAUGGUUAUGAGGGGAAGGGCUCCCCUGUUGGAUCUGUCGGCUGCUGCAGCAUUCUCGAAGAAAACAAUGACCUAGAGUUUCUGAAUGACCUGGGGCCAAAGUUCACCACACUCGCUGAAAUAUGCGGAGGUAGGAAGACUGAGGUCCCCGCUCCUCUUCCCCCCCCUCCAAAACCCGUCGUGGACCGUACCGAGGUGGCGUCUUCAUCAACCAAUGUUAUAAAUACAGCGAAUAUAGCCACUAACCGAGAUCUAUCUACAAAUUCAAUGAAUAUAACUUCCAACAUGGCUGCGACAUCAUCUUCUCGUGUGGAGAACGUGCUUGUGACAGACAACCGGCCCACAGUGAUUACGAGUGUCCAGCCGGCUCCAACGUACCUGAUGCAACCGCAGCAAAUGUACUACAUGGUCGAGCCGCAGCCCAGCACGGUACUGCUCGCUGAAAGGCCCACCAUGGGAGUCGGACAGAACAUGUACGUGCUGAACAGCGGCCCAGUAGCCGAGGGGGUUGUAGUCCAGGGCACCAACAUAGCGGCGAAUACCCUGAAUCGUGGUGAGAGAAUGGUGCUUGUGGACAGGGGUGGUCCUGCUCAGGCUCUCAACACCGGAAUGCUGCACUCAAGUAAUCUCUCUGGAUCACAAUUGUUUUUGGUGGAUGGGGGAGCCUCAAGCGGUCAAGUCCUUCAGGGGACACUUCAGAGAGGGCUUGCUGGAUCUCAGGGCCUGAUGGUCAUGGAAGGACAAGGGGGCCACGUGAUUCAGGGGUCCCUCAAAAAAGGUGUUUCCACUCAUGGUGGAUCUCAAAAUGUCUAUUAUAUGGAGAAUAAAGGGGGAUCAGGUAUGGCCCAGGGGGGUCAUCAAAUGGGCAUGGCGUCCGCAACAGAGUCCUUUAUUGGUAACGCUGGAUUCGGUGGGUCAUCUGUCCAGAUUAACCAAAAUCCAUCGUCACAUAAAGUUGUUGUCCAGGAGAGAAAGGUUGUGACAACACAAAGUAUCAAGUAACAACACAAUGCAACACUCAUAGAGUACGUGUACAGUUGUGAAAAUGUUAGAGGGUUUAGAAAGCCGUAAAAAGUCUUGAAAAGCAAUUUCUAUGCUCAUGCAUGCCAAUCAUUAGAGUAUCAUGUUGUCAACAUGUUAGGUCAUGGAGAAUAUGCAAAUUAAUGCUUGAAAAACUGGUUUUAAUGCCCUUGAGUUUACUUCUCUUGUAUUUGUAGUGCACUAUACAUGAAUUUCUUAUUUUUUCCCUCUUCUUUUUUUUUUGUGUGUGCAUAUUUGUAAUAUGUUACUGCAUGUAUGCAUUCAGUGUGUGUGUUCUGUAAAGACUAUUAUUUGCCGAUACUAUGCAGUUCUGGUUGCCCUGAGGCCAUUCCAGUGCAGUUUAUGCAAAACAACUCAAAGCUAUGUUAGGAAAGAGCAGAUAUACAGGAACCACCUAUUAAAUUCAGAAAUCAGCCAAGACAGAAGGGCAUAUGUUUUUCUAGUAUCCUGAAAUGUUCAGUACUGUAAAAGACAAUUCAUAAAUCACUUUUGGCAUCAGGUGAACUACAAUGUAUGUUUUGGGAGGGUGUUUAUAGGAUAGAUCAGAGUA